AGUAGGAAAGAGAUUGAAUGUAAAGCAAGGAGUUUAGUCCUUUCGUCUUUAGUCUUUCCUUCAUGUUGUCUUCGUUUCGUUGUGAAUUUUCGAGCUUAGUCAGGCAGGGCUCGGAAAAAUAUCAUCAGGCAAAAUGAAGUCGUGAAAGUGCCUUAGACAAGACAACCCAGUUACCAAUUGACUCUGAGACACCCUGAAUCUGAAAUGGAGAAUGAACAUAGAGGUCACGUUCGAGCGGAGGCCCAUGCAUCGCCGCUGCAACCAUCACAGAGGAUGGCUUUGGGCUCUCUCUCCGGAAGACCAGUGGCUCAGCGCUUGGACUUCGGAAAUGCACCGCAAACACCACAGGCAUCGGGAGGCGCGACGCCACGCCGUCCAUCACCUCACAGCCGUGUCGUGCAACGCACUGCUGGUGAUCGGUUCAUUCCCGACAGGACAUCGGCCGAGAACUGGGAGACCCGGUUCAGCAUGACCCCAUCAAAGCACGAAUCGGAGAAGGACGUCAAUAAUGACAACGCCAAGCUGUAUUGUCAGAUUCUUCGCAACGAGCUCCUCACCAGCUCUGUGAAAUCCUCUCCAUUGGCCGCCUCUGCAUCGCGCACAGCACCCCAAGCACCCGUCUACACGUUCUCCGGUUCAGUGACUCCGAAAAGGAAAUCUCCGCACCGAAGGCGGCACGUGGAGGCAUCGUACUCACACAGCCGCUCACCUCUCUCUAAAGCAAGUCAAGAUCUUCUGCUGUCACCUCGCAAGUCCCAUCGUUGUAUUCCCGAAGCGCCGCACAAAGUCCUGGAUGCACCCGAGUUGCAGGAUGACUUCUACCUCAAUCUUCUCGACUGGUCCAAGACCAACCUUCUAUCGGUGGCAUUGGGUCCAUCUAUCUAUCUGUGGAAUGGCCUUACCGGACAGGUAUCGAAGUUAUUAGAGUUGGCUCGACACCGUGCAGACAAUCUGGUAACAGCUGUUUCUUUCAAUGAAGAGGGUGAUACGUUGGCUGUGGGUAACUCGAGUGGCGCAAUAGAGUUGUGGGAUGUGAACCAGACUAAGCUGCUGAGGAAAAUCUCGAAGCAUUCAUCAAGAGUCCCUUCACUUGCGUGGAACAAGUCCGUCCUGGCAUCAGGAAGCCGCGAUGGUACGCUCACAGUUAACGACAUUCGGCAACCAGGGUGCUGUACAACGCGCUACUAUAACGGGCACAACCAGGAGGUGUGCGGACUGAAGUGGUCACCAGACGGCAACUACCUGGCAUCAGGGGGCAACGACAAUACGUGCAAUAUCUGGACGCUGCACUCCGAGAAGCCCACAUUUACGUACAAAUCGCAUGUAGCAGCCGUGAAGGCGGUGGCAUGGUCACCCUAUCAGCACGGAGUCAUUGCGACCGGAGGCGGGACAGCGGACCAGUGCAUUCGUUUCUGGAACGCGCUGACUGGCGCAGAGCUGAGCUGUGUGAAAACGGGUUCUCAGGUGUGCAAUAUUUUGUUCUCAACAACAAGCAAUGAACUGGUCAGCAGCCAUGGCUACUCGCAGAAUUUCAUUCGUGUGUGGACAUUUCCACACAUGCAAGAGCUGGCUCGCCUGUCUGGACACACGUAUCGUGUGUUAUACAUGGCAUUGUCACCGGACGCCGAGUCUAUUGUCACGGGUGCUGGAGAUGAAACGCUACGCUUCUGGAAAGUCUUUGAGCCUCGGAAGACCAUCAAGGCCGCACCGUCGGUAGUGAAUAACUGGUCGCCGAUACGAUAAGUGGACAGACUACGCUGCAGGAAAUCCUAAAAUUCAUAUUCUUUUUACUCCAACAAAAAUACGAACGCCGCGCAAGGAAUAGCAGCCUUGAUUGUGCACAAUGCAUUGAGACUACAUUUCUAAAGAAAAAAAGCCGGCAGUCCAUGGUAGUGGUACAUACUGAAUGACUAAUACUAACAAUGUUAUUUGUUUGAUAGCGCUUGUAAAUACUGCCGCCGCCGCCGCAACUGCCUCCAUACCCAUACCCUUGAUCUAACCCCCGCUGGUGUGGCGUGUGCAUGUACAUACACUAGUCUAGGAUAGUUGGCUACUGCAGCUGCGCAAUUAUGCAUUAACUAGGUUUAGGGCCGGCAGCGCGUAGACCUGGCACUUGAAAGCCGCACAUGCGAGUGUGCCCAAAAAACGUAGCAAACAGGUACCUAGAAUUCUCGCCACUCUCGCAGUCCACGACGUAUACUGCGCAACAAUUACUGCGAGUGCAGCAACAGUGCAUUGUUCUAUAUCUUCUUGUAGGUUAGCCAGCUGCCUGUGCAGAUAAUCGCAAGCGCUACUAAUUCUCAGCGCUUGUGCUCCGUUUUGUUAUCUCUUCGUUGCCGUCUUCUUGUCGUGUUAGUCACCCCCCCCCCCUCGAGUGAACCAAAUCGGAUUUUCUACUGCAUUUUGACUACUGAUCUUGUAUUAUCAACAUACCCCCCCCCCCCUUCUUGUUUUAUAUUUGUUACUUAUCAUGAUAUACCUGCUUGUUUUGAGCCACAUUCAUUGUUCGGUUUAAGUUGGCAGCUUUUUCCACGUUCAAGAUUAUAAUAUCCUCUGGGAUAUUUAUUGUACCUGAAGAGUUGUUUUGUCGCUCUCA